UUCUCUCUAAGAGCUCUUCUAAGAGCCCUGACAUCCAUUUUGGCACCCUUUUGCAAUGCUGUGCACGUCUCGCAGAGCCCCUCCAACAAAUCCCACUGAUUUUAUUUGACACGAUUUUCAAUAGAAGCUGCUCGAGCCUCUCUCCUUCUCUCCUGUUCAAUAAUCGUGGCUACAGGAGCUGUGCAUCAUUACGUGCUGAUCAAAGGGAAAAUGUAAAAGACAGUCGAGUGAAUUAAAGUCUAAUUUAAUUGUGCCGAGAACUGUCAUAGAGGGAUUUUUUAAAAGUAUCUGGAAGAAACAAAGGAGUUGUUCAGUCUGACCUAAAUAAUGUUAUUUCUCAAUGCUGAACCUCUGCAAUCUGCACCUCUUACCUUUUUUUCCUCAGGAGGGAUGAGGCGGGGUUUCCAUCUGGGGCACAGGCUGUGAAGGCAGGUGCUCCUGGAGCUGGGACCCACGGCAGCACUGCAGCAAGAGCCUCUUCUCCUUUCUUUGCAAACACCUUUCUGUGCAUAAACAAACACUUCCCAGCCUGCACUGUCAUCCCGAGAAGCUGAGUUUGGGCAGGAACAGGAGGUCCUUGAAGAUGUUGGGUCAGGAGAUGCCACACUUCUGGUGUCUCAUCCUUUUCGUGGGCCUCCUGCCCUCCUCCCAGGGCUUCCUCAACCUGCUGAACCCAAAGCAAGCUGCAGGUGGUCUGCUUGGUCUCAUCGGUGGAAAAAGUGGAUUGCCUGGCACAGGUGUUCUUGGUGAAGGUGGGCUGCUUGGCACCGGCCUCCUGGGCAAGGGAAGUGCAAGUGAAGCAGAAAGCGAAGGUCCCCUUGAAGCAGAAAAUGAACCCAGCAGAUCUGGGGUCCUUGGCACAGGCCUCCUAGGAGGACAUCCUGGCAGCAGCGGUCUGCCUGGCACAGGCAUCCUCGGUGGGAAAGGCCUUGGCACAGGCAUCCUUGGUGGAGAAGGACUUGGCACAGGCAUCCUUGGUGGAGAAGGACUUGGCACAGGCAUCCUUGGUGGAGAAGGACUUGGCACAGGCAUCCUUGGUGGAGAAGGACUUGGCACAGGCAUCCUUGGUGGGGAAGGCCUUGGCAAUGGUCUCCUCGGCAAUGGCCUCAUCGGCAAUAACAGCCUUCUUGGAGAUAAAGGUCUGCUUGGCACAGGGCUGCUUGGGAAAGGAGGUCUCCUAGGCAACGGAAGUCUACUUGGUCUUGAUGGUCUUCUGGGUGAAGCAGGAGGACUUCUGGGUGCAGGAGGCCUGCUGGGUGGUAGAACCUCUCAGAAAAUAUCACGCUAUGCCUGGUUGAAGGUGCUGAACCUCGAGAACGCCCGAGUGUCAUGGAAGGUCCUUCGUGGGACUGAGCUGGUGCUGAACCUGUACUCGAAGCUGGUGCUCCGCUUUCCAGGGAUUUUUAGCUUUCUGAGUGAAUCCUCGGUAGAAACGAACAUCACGUCACACAUCGCCGUGACCCAGGACACCCCCGGGGACCUCAAGCUGGUGAUUAAGGAUUGCAAGAACCUGCUUGGCGGCUUCAGCAUCAACCUGCGGAAGGGCCUCCUCACCAACCUGGUGAGCAGCAUGCUGAACUCUACUCUCAAGACCCUUGUCCCUGCACUGCUCUGCCCGUUAGUGAACAUCUGGGUCGGCAUCAUCAACAUGAAACUACAGUUCCUCAACCGCGUCGUCUCCUUCGGGCUCCUGGGGAAAAUCUACUCUGCCCUCUCCAAACUGCCGGUGACAUCUGGGCAUUUUGUGGAGCUGGAUCUGCAGAAUUCCCCAUUCCCAAGCACCUUCAUCGACUGGCUCCUCCAGAUCGCAGGUGUCGAUCCCGGGAGCAAUCCAUAGCCACAGACUGGAAGUACGUGGGGUGCCUCCACAGGCGAUUCCUGAGGAGGAAGAGGAGGGAAGGGAGGAAGAUGACUCGAUACCUGGAGAAUAGACAUGAAAGUGGAG